CCCCUACUAUAAGUCCCCUCUUACUGCACACUUCCACUCUUGCACUCCACAAACUACAACUCUCUUGCUCUGCAGCUAAGUCACAGCCUCAGGGAUCACUAGCAGCAAUGGCAGCCGCCGUCUCCACCGUCGGAGCUGUUAACCGUGUGCCACUCAACUUGAAUGGAUCCAGUGCUGGAGCUGCAGUCCCCAGCUCAUCCUUUUUGGGCAGCAGCUUGAAGAAAGUGAACUCCGGCUACGUCCCCAAGGUUUCUUCCCGCAACUUCAAGGUGGUGGCUGAGGUCGACGAGGGCAAACAGACCAGCACAGACAGAUGGAAGGGUCUUGUGGAAGAUAUCUCGGAUGACCAACAGGACAUCGCCAGAGGCAAGGGUUUGGUCGACAGUCUCUUCCAAGCUCCCACCGGUAUGGGAACCCAUGAUGCUGUCCUCAGCUCUUACGAGUACAUCAGCCAGGGACUCCGCCAAUACAAUUUUGACAACACCAUGGGUGGAUUUUACAUCGCCCCUGCCUUCAUGGACAAGCUCGUCGUCCACAUCUCCAAGAACUUCAUGAGCUUGCCUAACAUUAAGGUUCCUCUUAUCUUGGGUAUCUGGGGAGGCAAAGGACAGGGUAAAUCAUUCCAGUGUGAGCUUGUCUUCGCCAAGAUGGGAAUUAACCCAAUCAUGAUGAGUGCUGGAGAACUGGAAAGUGGAAACGCUGGAGAGCCUGCGAAACUGAUCAGGCAACGGUACCGUGAGGCUGCAGAUAUCAUCAGGAAGGGUAAAAUGUGCUGCCUCUUCAUCAACGAUCUUGAUGCCGGUGCUGGUCGUCUUGGUGGAACCACACAGUACACCGUGAACAACCAGAUGGUUAAUGCCACCCUCAUGAACAUUGCUGACAACCCCACCAACGUGCAGCUCCCAGGUAUGUACAACAAGGAGGACAACCCCCGUGUGCCUAUUAUCGUCACAGGUAACGACUUCUCCACCUUGUAUGCUCCUCUCAUCCGUGACGGGCGUAUGGAGAAGUUCUACUGGGCUCCCACCCGUGAGGACCGUAUUGGUGUUUGCACGGGUAUUUUCCGGACUGACAAUGUCCCAGAUGAGGAUGUUGUCAAACUUGUCGACUCCUUCCCCGGCCAAUCCAUUGAUUUCUUCGGUGCUUUGAGGGCAAGAGUGUAUGAUGACGAAGUGAGGAAGUGGAUCGGUGGAGUGGGAGUGGACAACAUUGGAAAGAAGCUCGUGAACUCGAGGGAAGGCCCACCGACAUUUGAGCAGCCCAAGAUGACUCUUGCGAAGCUGCUUGAAUACGGUAACAUGCUUGUGGCCGAGCAGGAGAACGUUAAGAGGGUGCAAUUGGCCGACAAGUACUUGAAGGAUGCUGCACUUGGAGAUGCUAACAAGGAUGCUAUUGAUAGAGGAACUUUCUACGGUUAGAUUCUUGGCCUUGAUAGGAGGGCAGGCAGCUCAGCAAGUGAACAUUCCUGUGCCUGAAGGUUGCACUGAUCCGAAUGCAACUAACUUUGAUCCCACUGCAAGAAGCGACGAUGGAAGCUGCUUAUACAAAUUCUAAGCUGUUUUUCUUCUCUUUUUUGUUCAAUUCUGUUGUGUCUGGGUGAAAAAUGAGCUGCUCUAUGCUUUAUUAUACACUUUUUUUCCAUGGUUUCUUUGAGUUGGGAUUUAUUUAAAACGGAUUGCUUCAGCUGCUUUAUUUUCUUUGUUGUACACGAGCCUGGUUUGAUUCGUGUAAUUAUGUAUGAUAUGAUGAUUUAUCACGCGUAA